CAUUUGCAGGUAUUUUGUUAUUAUCAGAAUCUUGGAAAGAUGAACAUUUAGGGUGAAUUUCUGUCAUAGAGAGAAAAGACACGAGUCCAGUAGCCUGGAGUAUCAAGUCUGUCGCUGAACACGCGUUUCACCACAUGGUGGCCCUGUGCUUCUCCUCCACGAUGCUCCUCCUCGCCUCCGCCACCAUCAAGCUCAGCCUCCCUCCCUCCUCCUCCUCGUCCUCUCUCUACUUCCAGUCCUUCCUCCCGUCGCGCUCUGCAGAGCCACAGACGGUCCUCCAGCUCCGUGCAGCCCGGUGCGAAGAUGGUUGGCGGCGUGUGUGCUCGCAGGUUGGCCCGCCGGUCGCGGUCCGCCCUGAUAGCUGCCCUCACGGUGCUGCUGGUGCAGACGCUGAUUGUGUGGAACUUCAGCAGCCUCGACUCCGGCGAAGACAGGGAAAACGGAGGCUCCAACGUGCGGGAGAAGAGGGACAACAAAGCCGCUGGCAGCGAUUUCCAGCACGGGGUCCACCAGCGGCAGCGGCAGCAUCUUCCUCCGCCCGGGAAGGGGACGUCUCGCCACAUACAGCAGCCGGAUGGAUAUUACUCCCACAGGCCGAAGGAGAAAAGUAGAGUGGACAGCAACAAUGAGAACUCUGUGCCCAAAGACUUUGAGAACAUAGACAAUAGUAACUUCGGUGCGCGCUCACAGCCACACCGGCAGUCUGUAGGGGCCACCAUCGGCAAGCGGGAGAAUCUGCAGGAGAAGGCCCACGCCCAGCAGCAGGCCUGGCGGGACAGCUCCCCGAGUCUGGGCCGCAGCUCAAACGAAGUGCUGCCUGUAGGCCACCAGCCGCUGGUAGUGGGCAACAAUGCCUCCUACCCAGGUGGUCGGGGCAUCGCAGGAGAGUCGCAGCAACACUACCAUACCUCGCAGGCCCAGCAAGCACAGUCGCAGCACAGACAUCAGCACCCACACAGGAGGCAGUCGACUGCAGCACCGCUGGAGGUGACUUACGACCAGCCACCUAAGUGUGAGAUCAGUGGGAAGGAAGCCAUUUCAGCUCUAUCCAGAGCCAAGAGCAGGGAGUGCCGGCAACAGAUUGCUGAAGUGUACUGCAGACACAAGGAAGGGCAGUUAAUGCCCGAGAAGGUCACUCGCUACUGCCCCCUCGAGGGUAAAGCCAAUGCUAACGUCCAGUGGGAUGAGGACUCCGCUGAGAGCUUUCCAUCAAAACCAGUGAGAAUAGCGUUUGUCCUGGUGGUCCAUGGACGAGCCUCUCGCCAGUUUCAACGCCUCUUCAAAGCCAUCUACCACACCUCGCACUACUACUACAUACACGUCGAUCAGCGCUCUAACUACCUGCACAGGCAGGUACAUGCCUUGGCUGCCCAGUAUACGAAUGUGAGGGUGACACCCUGGCGCAUGGCCACUAUCUGGGGCGGUGCCAGUCUGCUGACCAUGUAUCUUCGCAGCAUGGCGGACCUGCUGGCCAUGAGGGACUGGAGCUGGGAUUUCUUCAUCAACCUCAGCGCUGCCGACUACCCCAUCAGGACCAAUAACCAGCUGGUGGCCUUCCUGUCUAAAUACAGAGACAUGAACUUCAUCAAGUCCCACGGCAGGGACAAUGCCAGGUUUAUCCGUAAGCAGGGUCUGGAUCGUCUGUUCUACGAGUGUGACACCCACAUGUGGAGGCUGGGUGACCGUAAAAUCCCAGAAGGCAUCUCUGUGGAUGGUGGAUCAGACUGGUUCCUUCUCAACCGCGUGUUCAUCGAAUAUGUCAUCAACUCCAAGGACGACCUGGUAACCAACAUGAAGCGCUUCUACGCCUACACUCUGCUGCCUGCUGAGUCAUUCUUCCACACUGUGCUGGAGAACAGUGCCCACUGUGAGAGCAUGGUGGAUAACAACCUGCGCAUCACCAACUGGAACCGCAAACUGGGCUGCAAGUGCCAGUACAAGCACAUUGUCGAUUGGUGUGGAUGUUCCCCGAAUGACUUCAAGCCUGCAGACUUCCACCGCUUCCAGCAAACGGUGCGGCCCACCUUCUUUGCCAGGAAGUUUGAAGCCAGCGUGAACCAGGAGAUAGUGAACCAGCUGGAUGCCUACCUGUUUGGACCGUUUCCCCAGGGAACGCCGAGCCUAAAUUCAUACUGGGAGAGCGUGUACGACGAGCCAGAUGGCGUGGCCAGUCUGUCGGACACGCAGCUCACAUACUACCACUCCUUCUCACGACUGGGCCUGGCCAGAGCUGCCACCUCGCUGCAGGGAAACCCACAGGAUCACAGCUGCAGGUACUUCCCCAUGGGCCACCCGGUGUCAGUGCAUCUCUACUUCCAGUCAGACCAAUUCCAGGGCUACCUGGUCAAGCACCAUGCCACCAAUCUGGCCACUAGCAAGCUGGAGACAAUGGAGACCUGGGUGGCACCCAAAAAGAACUUCAAGCUAACCACCCCUCCCAGCAGCACCUUCAGCAGGUUGCAGUUUGCAGAGAUCGGUACAGAGUGGGAUGCCAAAGAACGUAUGUUCCGAAACUUCGGCAGCCUGAUGGGUCCCAUGGAUGAGACGGUGGGAAUGCAGAAGUGGAGUAAGGGUCCUAAUGUCACCGUCACCGUCGUGUGGAUCGAUCCCACCAAUGUCAUCGCAGCCACUUAUGACAUUCUGAUUGACGCCAGCGCAGAGUUCACCCACUACCGCCCACCGCUCAACCAGCCGCUGCGGCCUGGUGUGUGGAGCGUCCGUAUCCUGCACCACUGGAGCCCUGUGGCAGAGAUGCAUUUCCUUAUUGCCCCGUUGGCUUUUAAUAAGCACCAGCCCAUACGACAAGAGGAUACUCUGAAGCUCCACAACGGGCCAGAGAAGAACAGCUACAUGGAGCAGAGUUUCCACGGCCUCAACCCGGUGCUCAACAUCCCUGUCAGCCUGGGCUACGUGGAGCAGGCCAAGAGGAAUGCGGCCCUGACCGGCCCGGAGCUUGAGCGUUGGUUAGACAGCCUGGUGGGCGAGUUGUGGGAGGCAGCCGACGUCUGCGCCGUGGGCCCUACCGCCUGCCCUGUCAUGCAGGCCUGCCCCAAGAACCCUUGGAGCUCCCUGAGCCCAGACCCCAAGUCCCAACUGGGAGCACCACGGGCUGACGGUCGUAUCAGGUAGCAGCAGAGGCCACGGCACAGGAGAUUCACUGUUGAUUUUU